CGGCGGCGCGCCGUUGAUUCAAACGCAGCGCGCGGGGCGGCGGCGGUGGGAGGCGGCCUCCCGGCGGGGUUCACUGCGCCUGCGCCCCGCGAUUCAAGAUGGCGGACAGUGCGGAACUAAAGCAAAUGGUGAUGAGCCUCCGAGUUUCUGAGCUGCAAGUACUUCUUGGAUACGCAGGGAGGAACAAGCACGGCCGCAAACACGAACUCCUUACGAAAGCCCUGCAUUUGCUCAAAUCUGGUUGCAGUCCUGCUGUCCAAAUGAAAAUCAAAGAACUGUACAGGCGGCGGUUCCCACAGAAAAUCAUGACCCCUGCAGACUUGUCCAUCCCCAGCGUCCACUCAAGCUCCAUAUCUGGUACUUUGUCACCAUCUACCAUUCCACAGCUUGCUUAUGACAGCCACCCUGCAACAUCACCUUUGCUCCCUGUUUCUCUCAUGGGACCUAAACAUGAACUGGAACUGCCUCACCUUACCUCAGCACUCCAUCCUGUCCAUCCAGACAUAAAGCUUCAGAAAUUACCCUUUUACGACUUGUUGGACGAACUGAUAAAGCCAACCAGCCUAGCAUCCGAUAAUAGCCAGCGGUUUCGGGAAACCUGCUUUGCAUUUGCCCUGACUCCACAGCAAGUGCAGCAGAUCAGCAGUUCCAUGGAUAUUUCUGGAACCAAAUGUGACUUCACUGUGCAGGUCCAGCUAAGGUUUUGCUUAUCUGAGACCAGCUGCCCACAGGAAGAUCACUUCCCACCAAAUCUUUGCGUGAAAGUUAAUGGAAAACCAUGUAGCCUUCCUGGCUAUCUUCCACCAACCAAAAAUGGGGUUGAACCAAAGCGACCUAGCAGACCAAUCAACAUCACCUCACUUGUGCGGCUGUCCACGACAGUACCAAACACAAUCGUCGUCUCAUGGACUGCAGAAAUAGGAAGAAAUUAUUCUAUGGCGGUCUACCUUGUCAAGCAACUGUCGUCUACAGUCCUGUUGCAGAGGUUACGAGCGAAAGGCAUCAGGAAUCCUGAUCAUUCUAGAGCACUAAUCAAAGAGAAACUAACUGCAGAUCCUGACAGUGAAAUAGCAACAACCAGCUUAAGAGUUUCUCUUCUAUGCCCACUUGGUAAAAUGCGGCUGGCGAUACCCUGCAGGUCCCUGACUUGUUCACAUCUGCAGUGCUUUGAUGCCACUUUGUAUAUUCAAAUGAAUGAGAAGAAACCCACCUGGGUUUGCCCUGUGUGCGACAACAAAGCUCCUUACGAACACCUAAUAAUUGAUGGGUUGUUUAUGGAAAUCUUGAAAUACUGCACAGAUUGUGAUGAAAUUCAGUUUAAGGAAGACGGAACCUGGGCUCCUAUGAGAUCAAAAAAAGAGGCACAAGAGGUGACUGCAUCUUUUAAUGGAGUGGAAGGUUGCUUAAGUUCUUCUGUGGAUCAUCAAGUGUCCUCUCAUCAGUCAAGCAAAAAUAAGAAAGUUGAGGUGAUUGACUUAACCAUUGACAGCUCAUCGGAUGAAGAAGAGGAGGAGCCAUCGGCCAAGAGGAGCUGCCCUUCCCUGUCUCCUGCAUCACCCAUUAACAAUAAGAGCAUUUCAAGUAUGCCGCAUCAAGUCUCUCCUGUUUCAAGAACCCCGAGCCUUCCGGCUGUUGACACAAGCUACAUCAACACGUCACUUAUACAAGACUACAGACACCCGUUCCAUAUGACACCCAUGCCUUAUGACCUCCAAGGACUGGAUUUCUUCUCUUUCUUACCAGGAGACAAUCAGCAUUAUAGCACUUCUCUUCUGGCCGCUGCAGCCGCCGCCGUGUCUGCUUCAGAUGACCCAGAACUUUUGCACUCCCGGUUUUUCCCCUAUGCUUCGUCUCAGAUGUUCCUGGAUCAGUUGAACGCAGGAGGGAGUGCCACCCUUCCAGCCACUAACGGCAGCAACAGCGGCAGCAACAGCAGCCUCGUGUCCUCCAACAGCCUGCGAGAGACCCAUGGCCACCCUGUGGCCAACAGAAGUAACACAGACCCAGCCUCUCUCUUUGGCGUCAUGCCGGAUAUCAUUUCCUUGGACUGAAUCUUGUUGAGUUUUCACUGGACUAGCUAGAGGAGAGAUCUGGGGUUUUGUUUUAUCUUAUUUUGUUUAGAAAUGCAGACGAGCUUUUCCUUUUUGUAGGGGAAAAAAUAUUAAGAUAUGUACAGAGAACAAAACUAUAUUUUCAGUUGUACUUUUGUAUAUAAACAAAAUAUGGUUUGACUGGUAAAAAAAAAUGACAAAAGCUCCCAACCUAGAUUUUUGGAUACGGAAGAUUUUACACCACCCUUUCUGUCUCGAGUGUUCCUUUGUUUUAAGGCUUUGAUUUUUAACUGCAUCACUUUGUUUCUUCACAGUGAUAUUAAUGGAAAAGUAAUGGAGUGAUUGAAGCUUUGAAAAGUUCUGGGAGGCUUCUAGUUCCAGGGAAGACAGAUGGCACCCACAAUAACUGGAGGGAAUGGUUUUCCUCCUUAGGGCACAAUCCUCUGGGAAUAUUUUCCUGCACAAGCACCAUUGAAAUGAAUUAGUCUUGUGCCAGUGGAUCAGGCCCUCUCUCUUUCUUUGUAAUUUAUGUCAAUUCCACAGCAUUCUCUGCCUGCUAAACUGGUUGUGUGGCUUCUUGGAAUGUUCUUUCCCCUCUUCCUUCUGGUUCUGAACAUCUGUUCGGAACCUUCCCUGUUCCUUCACCAGACACCAUAUUGUUCUGUUUGUGUGUUCAUCAGUUCUCCUCAUGGGGGAAAAAAUACCCACACUCCUGCAUGUUGAAGCAUUACCAUUGGAAGGUCUCUCCGCUUUUGCAUGAGGCAAAAUGGCUUCUUAAAAUUCUGCCGCCAUAACGGCAUUGGUGAUCCUUUCUUGUAUGUUAAAUGUUCUGUGUUAAAGACUUGCUUUCUUGAGGUCAUUCGACAUUGGCCUAACACUCAAACUUCCUUCCCCGGGACUUUUAAAAUCUCUUUUGUGAAUCUCCUACAUCGUACUGUGCUAUCAGGACUUAAAUGAAAUGAUAUAAUUUGAAAAAGAUGUAUUUUGCAGCGGAUAAUGACAAAUAGCAUGCAGAGUCCUUUCUGCAAGCAUAUUUGAACUAUAGGCUCCAAUCCUACGCACUUGUGCUUCAGAACAAACCUGCAUCAGAUUGGGCUAUAUUAGUGGCCGAACCCCACACAACUCUUUUUUUAAGUUCAAAGUCCUUCCCCCUUUCCUUCAAAUUUACCAAAAUUUUGUUAAAAUCUUGAGGGUGAUCCAUCCCCCUACCUGCUUAUUGGCUUCAAAAUAAUUAUUGAUUGAUUUUGGCUUCUUCUAACUGAGCAUGUGAAACUAUAUUUAAUUCCCCUUUAGUGUUUGUGGGUCCUUCCCCCCCCCACUACCUUGAAACCUGUAUGAUUAGUUAGGAAAGAGUCUUUUCCAGCUUGGGGAUUAUUUAAACUCUUCCUUUUUUACUAAAUGACAGAACAUGUAAAUAGAGAGAAAGAGAAACUGUUCAUAGUACAUGGGAGAAAGAAGGGGAGGGCCAAGCAGCCAUGUUGAUGUAUCCCAGAGCCCUCAUUGGAGUGCAGAUCUGCUCUCUGCUGUGAAAAUACUUUAUAGCUAGCUUUUAAAAAUCUAGGUUUACAACAAAUCAGGAAUGGAUAGGAAGGAGGGAGGUGGCAGGGUUGGUUGUAGUUUUUUCUUUUUUUGCUAUACUUUAUCAAAGACCAUGUUAGCGAUUUCUUUAAACCAUAGCUGCAGAAGUUAGUAUCUUGUCCCCCCAGCUUUGUUUUCAAAAUUGUUUUUAAGAUAAACUUUGCAUUGAUAUCAAGCCACCACUUUUUAAUAGGAAACAAUCAUUUCUUUUCAACUAAUUGAGAGACAGUAUAAAUGUUCUAAGUGGGUUUUCAAAUGUCCCCUUCACCAUUUUAAAAGCUGACUUGAAUUUUUAAAAUGUUUGUUCAUAUGUAUAUGUGUGUGUAUAUAUGUAUUUAUAGAUCUCUCUGUGUGUGUGUCUCAGUGUGUCUGUUUCAUGCAUGUGAAUUCCAUUACUGUCUGGCUGAAAUGUUUCCUUCGACUAGUUUAUAAUUUAUUAAAUGUCAGUAAAAUCUAAAUAAAAGGAACACAAAAGAGGAA